AUGGCCACCGACUCAUGGGCUGGCGUGGACGAGCAGGAGGCGGCGGCAGAGUCGCUGAGCACUUUACACCUGAAGGAUGAAAAAACCAAACCAGAUGCCAAUGGUGCUGUUGUCAAGGCUGACGACAACGUGGAGAAGACAGAGGAGGAGGAGAAGGAGGACAGAGCUGCCCAGUCCUUGCUGAACAAGCUGAUCCGCAGUAACCUGGUUGACACCACAAAUCAGGUGGAGGUGCUGCAGAGGGACCCUACAUCACCCCUCUACUCCGUCAAGUCUUUCGAGGAGCUGCGCCUGAAACCACAGCUCCUGCAAGGAGUCUAUGCCAUGGGCUUCAACAGACCAUCUAAGAUCCAAGAGAAUGCCCUGCCCAUGAUGCUUGCUGAACCCCCUCAGAACCUGAUCGCACAAUCGCAGUCCGGUACUGGCAAGACAGCUGCCUUUGUCCUGGCCAUGCUUAGCCGUGUUGAACCCGGAAACAAGUAUCCCCAGUGUUUGUGCCUUUCCCCAACAUACGAGCUGGCACUUCAAACAGGAAAAGUGAUUGAACAGAUGGGAAACUUUUAUCCAGAGCUGAAACUUGCGUAUGCUGUCCGAGGCAACAAAUUGGAGAGAGGGCAGAAGAUCUCGGAGCAGAUUGUAAUUGGCACACCUGGCACCGUGCUGGACUGGUGUUCCAAACUGAAAUUCAUAGAUCCCAAGAAGAUCAAAGUGUUUGUCUUGGAUGAGGCCGAUGUGAUGAUCGCGACCCAGGGCCACCAGGACCAGAGCAUCCGCAUUCAGAGAAUGCUCCCUAGGGACUGCCAGAUGCUGCUGUUUUCAGCCACCUUUGAGGAUUCUGUGUGGAAGUUUGCUCAAAAAGUUGUUCCUGACCCAAACAUUAUCAAACUGAAGCGCGAGGAGGAGACCCUGGAUACCAUUAAGCAGUAUUAUGUCCUGUGCAACAACAGAGAUGAGAAGUUCAGAGCUCUCUGCAAUAUCUAUGGUGCGAUCACCAUCGCCCAGGCCAUGAUCUUCUGCCAUACUCGGAAGACAGCAGGGUGGCUGGCAGCAGAGCUGUCCAGGGAAGGCCAUCAGGUGGCCUUGCUUAGCGGGGAGAUGAUGGUGGAGCAAAGAGCUGCUGUGAUCGAGCGCUUCCGAGAGGGCAAGGAGAAGGUGCUGGUGACCACAAACGUCUGUGCCAGAGGGAUCGAUGUAGAACAGGUCUCUGUUGUUAUCAAUUUUGACCUUCCUGUGGAUAAAGAUGGGAAUCCAGAUAACGAGACCUACCUGCACCGGAUCGGCCGCACCGGUCGCUUUGGCAAGCGAGGACUGGCCAUUAACAUGGUGGACAGCAAGCACAGCAUGAACAUUCUCAACAGAAUCCAGGAACAUUUCAACAAAAAGAUAAACAAAUUGGAUACUGAUGACUUGGAUGAAAUUGAGAAAAUAAAUAACUGAAAUAGCUGCUGGAACUGGUGUGUGCCCUGCUGUGGAAGCUCUCCCACUACAAUUGGAUCAGCAUUUGGAUUGGCACAGCCUCUCGGCUCGUCCCGAAAAGGACUCUUCAAGAUAUGAGUACACAAAAAUUACCUCAUUUUCAAAAUUGCAGUUGGACUUCAAAUUGUGCAACUAUGGGGAGGAAGAGGAAGUGUUUACAGAAGCUUUUAACAUUUCUUAGUUUAGCCUUAAAAUGAGAUGAUCUUUGGAAUUCUGAGAAAUACACUUGCCAAAAGAGGGGCAGUAUGGAAUUAUCUAAAAUUUAAAAAGGAAAAAAGAAACAUUAUUGCCUUUAAUUGGAAUAAUGUGCAGCAUUAACCUGAUCAGUUUAAAUUCAACAGCUGAAUAUAUAAUGGAUAUAAGUAAAGAAAAAACAAAAACCCAAACAAGGCAGCUGGUUUUUGGCUAAAUACUCAACUUAUACAAACUAGGAUGUCAUUCUCUUGGCACUCCCCUGAGCUCUUUAAGUCUCAUUUCUGGCUUCCUGAUGGAUUUGCCCUGCUUUUCCUUACGUAUAUUGUCCUGAGGAUGUUUCCAGUAGCUCCUACUUGCAAACACAGGUGCCGUCUUGCUUUUGCUGGGCAGUAUUUUCUUUUCCCUUGUCCUGGAUUUGUUGGAAUGGCCGCUCCCUGUGACAGGGGGUGGUGGUGACAUGUUUAACAUGGCUAAGGUGUGGGUGGGUGGGGUGGGAGGGGCAAUAUAAAGGGAACUGUACUAAUUAAUUGUCUGCUUAAAAUCCUCUCUGUGAAUUAAAUCCCCCCAUGUGAUUCAGUUCCCUAUGCUGUGAAACUCAGCAUGGAUAAUGUACACAGCUGCUGGGCUUCACCCAUCAGUUAUAUAGGAAUAAAAGAAACAAAAGAUCACGAUAGCCUGUAUUGACCAAGAAACUUACCUUUAGAACACCAAGUUUACCUGUUACAGUACCAGAGUUUUGAGUUAAAUUGCUCAGCCAAAUUGCAGGUGGGAAGUGCUCCAUAGUGCAAAAUAGGUCAUUGGUCCCUGCCCUGGGGUGUUCUGUGGAUGAGGUAGGAGUCACAGUUCCUGGAGGAGGAAGGAUUUACACCUCCUGUGUGUUGGGACCAUUCUCAUGCGCACAGCUGGAAGCCUGUGGGCUGUUGCCCAGCCCAGUUUCCAGGAGAAGGAGGCUCCUGAACUAGAAUUUAGGGUGCACAGCUCACGGCCCUGCUACUCAGUGUGGGAAUCAUGUCAAAACAAAUGUAUAAAUUGUAAAUUUAAACUAUGACUUGUUUUAUUUGCAAUUCUGGCCACCAUAUUCUGUUCAAAGACAGGAACAUGGAUCCUUUUACCAAGUAAAAAAAGGCUCAUUUAAAAUGUACCUAAAAUUUUAGGAAAUUGUGCACCCUUUUAUCAAUUUGUAUAAAAGCUUUAGUGAAGAAAAAAAAAACGCUUAAAAUUAAACUUUUUGUAUUCUGGGGUGUAUCUAUUUUUAUUCUGUUGGAAUCCUAUUUAAAGUGGCAGGUGAGUGAGUGCUUGCCUGUCGAGUGGAAGACUUGAUUUUAUCACCUACUUUCCCAGUACAGCUGAAUGACCUGGUGACAGCAGAGUAUUGGGCUGAAUUGUCAUGGAAGCUGCUGCUGGUCCUGUGUGCUGUUUCUAAUGUACUUUUAAUUGGAAUAAAGAACACAUACUGAAUGA